AUGUUGUUUGAAGAAAAGCCUUUACUAGACCUAAAGACAGAUGACUGUCUGUGGUCUUUGGGUAAAAUUUUCCGAAUUCUUGUACAUAACAGGAUUAUUGUAUUUAUGCAGAGAAAAAUUCUGUUUGUUUUGACAAUUCUAGUAAUAAUCCAAACCUACCUUUUCUUAAAAGAAAGCAGUGCUGUUUAUUUUAUAAAAUAUAUGGUUGUCUAUUUAUCAUCGUUUUUUUUUUUGGCAUCUCUCUACUCCACAUCAACCAUCGGCAAGCGCAUUUUUGAUGAUAUACAAACAGCAAAAUUAUGGAAGUUACGAUGUGAAAGCUCAGAAAUUCAACGACAAAUUGAAAAAGAAGCAUUUUAUACUAAUGCUUGUUUCAUCCUGUGUCUCACUUUUAGUCAAAUUUGUGCAAUUCUUUUUAUAAUUCCAUUUGAAAAGGAUGAAGAAUUUUUUUAUUUUUUGGCACUGUACCAGCAUUUAACUCCCAGAUGGAGAAGUUUUUGGGGUUGGAAUUUCAGAAUCGGAAGCUUGUUUAUUGGAAUAAUCUGUCUUGCACCUUGUUACGCCCUUAUAUAUCUUAUGACACACAGUCGAUUCCAGUAUUUGCUCUUAUUGCAUCACUUUAAAAAUUUGAAUUGGGGUUACGAAAAUUCACAUUUGUACCAAUUGAUUCGCAAUUUAGAUUAUCAGGGCGAAAUUCAAAGACGACUCAAAUUUUGCAUCAAACGUCACGUUUGUAUUAACAAAAUUGUUUUCAGUGUGAAAAGGCAAAUACAUGGAUUCAUAUGUGUUUUUACCUUGGCAGGUGUAGUUCUAUUUAUCAGUAUCAUAGUGUUUUUUUAUUCGUAUGAGGGAGCACUCAAAACACAAUAUGUGCGUAUAAUUUGUUUAGGAAUUCCAGGAGGAUUGACUUGGAUUCACAUUGUGACUGCUGGUCAAUUGCUUGAGAACGUUACAUCUGAAAUUUUGAGUGUUUUAAAAACCGUCAAUUGGGAGUCAUGGAACAAAGAAAACAGAAACACGUUUAUUGUAAUAUUACAAAAUGCACAAAAAGAUUUAAAAAUGAAAUUCUCUGAAGAUAUGUCAGUGAAUUUUGCUUUGGGAGUUUCUAUGACAAGAGCUCUGUUUUCAGCAAUGUCAAUCAUUAGACAGUUGAGAAAUAUGGAUUAA